AUGCAGUUCUCUACCAUCCUCGUUGCCGCUGUUGCCUGCGCCACUGGUGCUGUUGCCAACCUCCACACCGCUGCCUGGUGUAUCUCUUCGGGCCUUAAGGACUCUGACCCCAAGAACGUCGCCGCCACCGAGGCUGCCUGCGGUGCCUACAAGGAGCGCCACACCGGCAACGACGUCUGGGACACUUGCCCCGACUGCUACCUCGGUGUCAAGGACGACGACGCCGAGGUCGCCACCUGCAACUCCCCCGCCAAGCACAUUGGCGGUGACGAGUGGGAGGAGUACUGCAUCCAGUACGGUGCCGUCAACGGCGCUGCCAACUAA